AUGGCUUUGCAAUCAAAGUACAAGCAAGCGCGGGAUCAACUCAAGAAAGAAUUAUGCGAAGAAAACUGUAUUGCCCUAAGUCGAGCAAUAUUUAAUGUUAUUCCUAUAAUGUUUGAAAAAAGACGAAGUAAUGAAAGACUGGCUCUCAAAAGUUUGCUUGGAGACGUAGUCCUGCACCAGUUGAGUAUAGCGGGAGAAAAAAAAAUACACCCUUUAGCCAGUGAUAAAACUACCGUGUUCAUCAUAAUCAGAUUAUCAGAAUGGAAAAAAUACGGUUUCAACGACAAAGAUACAGCUCACCGUACGUUAGGUAAAUGCCUUGAGUACUUGCGCUCAAAACCGGAGUUGCAAUCAAUUGCUGUUAAUAUAAUGGAGACUCUGGAGGAUAAGAAAAUUCUUAAUGAUUUUUGGGCCUCCAAAAAAUGCGAGGAGAAAAAGGAAAAUCUGAAAAAAAGAAGACAGGUUGCCGAAGAGAGGAGUAAGUUGUACGAUGCUGAACAACACGCGACUAUGAAAGAAAUAAUAUAUAGGCAGGAUAACAAUGUCCGCGAAAACUUCAAUGUCGAAAUAAUAAAAAAAGGAGGUAGGGUACAAGAAACGGAAAAGAAACAGCAAAUGUCUUCUACUCCAAAUUCUCGUAAACGAAAAUCAGACAAUUUAUCAGAAAAUAAUGAGAAUUUUAAGAUGCGUCUCCUUGGAUAUCGUCAGUCCGAAAACGAGUUUGAGGAUGAUAAAAGUGAUGAAGAUGAGACAGAAGAUGUGACCUCAGAUGAAGAAGAUGUUAUCAAUUUUAGUACGAUUUCAUUCGAUCAAUUUACAGAAUCAAGUAAAGGCGAAGAAAUAUGGACGCUUAAGAAUGGUGAAAGUGUUAGGAAUACUCUCAUUCGUAUGACGUCAGAAGCCAUCAAAAAAGCCAAGGAAAUACAAUCAAAAAAGAAAAAAUUAAAUGCAUCUAUUUCAAGCACCAUUCGGCUCGGGCUUUCCUCAAUUGUUGACCUCUCUUCGGAAUUUUCAGGUGGUAUGUAUUCAUGGUUUGGAGGCGAAUGGCCAGAUCUUAAAGCAAAGGCGCUAGCAAAGAUAAACAUCAAGCCAAAGAUGUUCGAAGAUUUAAUCAAAAGUGACAUCGAAAAAAUAGAGGAGCUUUGCAAUGAACAUAAAUACUGGGAAGCAAGGGAUUUCGUGUACGAGAAAUUAAAGGGACGCCCAGAUCGAACUGAAACUUUUCAUCGUCAAGUCAUGAAAAUUUAUUUUUUUAUUAUAGAAAUGUUUCUUGUGGAUCCCUAUGUUUUUGUAGAUAGGGAAGGGAAUAAACAAAAUUUAACGGAAAUUGAAUUUACGCUCAAAGUUGCGGGUCCAAUAAUUGAUAUAAUAUUUUCUGACGUUCAACACCUUGUUCAGCUCAAAUGGGGAGAAACAGUUUCAAAGGCAACGACAGUAGGAAGAAAAAUCGAUUUAAAAAUUAUGUAUCGAGGAAAAAAUCAAGGAAAAAAUGUGGAGCUCAGUCAUUCCGAGUGCGCGCGUAGAACAAAUUCUACCAAGAUUAUCAAUGAUCGUAGUAAAUGUUUGAGGACCAACAAAUCUGUUCUUGAUCAAUAUCUCUCACAUGAUCUAUCCGACGAAAUAAUCGAAAAUUCUGCAGUCAUCGGGUUGCAAUUAGCAGCUUUAUAUGGCCAAAUAAUUGGUGUCGACUUAUUAGAUGAGGGAUUAUAUUUCGGUUUUGAAGGACCAUUAUUAAGGUUUCCUACUCAAAUUAAUGAUAUCACUGUUCUGAAGCAAACUUUAGAAGCAUUAUAUUUUUUUAAGGAAAACAUUGUUCACAAGGCUGAAGCUCUAUCAUGUCUUAACAAGAAUUCAGACCCGUUCAGCAAUACUUUUCACACUGAGAGAAUUUCGAAGUCUCGUCAUUAUAAAGCAAAUUUCAUUAGAUCAACUUACUUCACUGUUAUUAUCCAAUGA